AAGCGAAUAAGUGUAUAUAAAGCUUGAGCAAUAAUCUGAAUACUACACCAAACACUAUUGAAUCUACAGAAUCGAGCUGAAUCUACCAGGAUCUGGUCAAGAUGUGGAUUUCUGCAGCAUUCCUUCUUUUUGCAUUGGCUGUAAAUGGAGUCAACUCUGAUGUUCCAAACAUUAGUCGAAGAUGCCCCGCCGGCUGGGAGAAAUUUGGAUCACAAUGCUUUAAGUUUUUCAAUGAAUAUAAAACAUGGGCUGAGGCUGAGAAACAGUGUGUUGACCUCGGAGGAAACCUAGCAUCCAUCCAGAGUGAAGUCACUCACAAUUUUCUUUUAGCUUAUUUGAAAAGACAAGAAAAAGGCAUCACCCGGACCUGGAUUGGCGCUCAUGAUGCAACUCAGGUGGACAUCUGGUUCUGGAGUGACGGAUCAAAGUUUGAAUACAGUGCCUGGCAUUCUGGAGAGCCAAAUAAUGGAGGAAAUGCCGAAAGAUGCGCUGAGAUGGGCUUUGGGGAUGAGCUGCGCUGGAAUGACGCACGUUGCGAAACUCGUCUCAAUUUCAUCUGUUACAGAUCGGCCAGAAUUACUAUGUAAUCAUUCAUUUGACUGAUAAGGUCAAAUCUUAUGACAGUCCAUCUCAGACGAAGUCCUCAAAAAUAGCCGAUUGUUACAGAUUCAUCAUGCAAAAAUAAAAUUCUUAUCAUAAAAUGUA